CCACCGCCAACGACCAGCUCAGCGAGUCGUCUCCCGUGGCGACGGAGCCCCCCCGCCCCCGCCGCGAGAGCAGUAGCCGCCCGCUGAAGCAGCCCAAACGAGAGCCUGCCCAGCCCGACUCCCAGCACCACCUGGGGCUAGGCGGGGAGAUCCCUGGGGGCGGAGCGUUAACGAGUCAUAGCGGGAGCCCCAAGCGCCAGGAGCACCUGCUGUUCUGUGGGAGUCUGAUCAGAGACAUGUUGUCUAAGAAACACAUUGCGUACGCGUGGCCGUUCUACAAGCCUGUCGACGCGCACGCCCUCGGCCUCCACGACUACCACAUCAUCAUCAAACACCCUAUGGACCUCGGAACCGUCAAGGAUAAGCUGGACAGCAGGCAGUACAGAGAUGCUCAGGACUUUGCUGCUGAUGUCCGGUUGAUGUUCUCCAACUGUUACAAAUACAACCCCCCAGACCAUGACGUGGUCAAUAUGGCACGCAAACUACAGGACGUAUUUGAGAUGCGCUUUGCCAAAAUGCCAGACGAGCUUGAGGAGACAGCCCCCCUCCCCUCCCCACCCCUCAAACCCAUCCCCUCCCCUGCCCUCCACCCCCUCCCUGUCCCCACCCUCCACCCCCUCCCCACCCCCUCAGCCAAACAGCCCCCUGCCCCCCGACCCCCCUCCUCCUCCGAUGACAGCUCCUCCUCGUCGGAAUCAGAAUCCUCCGAGGGAGGUUUGGAACACGAGAGAACACAGAGACUGGCUGAGCUACAGGAACAGCUCAAAGCUGUUCACGAACAGCUGGCCGCUCUGUCCACACCCCAGGUCACCAAGCCCAAGAGAAAAGAGAGGGAGAAGGAGAAGAAGAAUAAAGACAAGUACAAGAAGAAGAUAGGAGGGGAGGAGCCACCAGAGAUCCCGCCCCCUGCCAUCCUCCAGCCAAUCAGAAAGAGCAAAAACAGCAAGGAGCCGGUGACCAUGCCCAAGAAGAUCAAGAAACCGAGUAAAAAAGAAAGUAUGAAGAACAGUCGUCCGGGCGCCCCACAUCAGACCGGCUCCACCCCCCUUGCCCCCUCAGCCUCGCUGGAGGCAGAAGAUGACACGAGUGUGUUUGUGGGCGGGGCAGCUGACAGGUGUAAGCCAAUGUCCUACGAGGAGAAACGCCAGCUCAGUCUGGACAUCAAUAAACUGCCCGGCGACAAGCUUGGCCGCGUCGUCCACAUCAUCCAAUCACGAGAGCCAUCGCUCAAGAACACCAACCCAGACGAGAUAGAGAUCGACUUUGAGGCGCUGAAACCCUCGACGCUCCGAGAGCUGGAGAAAUAUGUCUGGACCAGCCUUAGAAAGAAAAAGAAAUCCCAGCCAGGUAAGAGAGAGAGAUGGGGAGGGAGAGAGCCUGAGAAAUGCAUCUCGACCAGCCUUAGAAAGAAGAAGAUAUCACAGCCAGCAGUAGAGAAGGCUCUGGAGGUGACCAGUGUGAUGAAGAUGAAGACGGGAUCUUCAUCAGGCAGCAGUGACUCCUCUGACAGCGACAACACAGGGCUGGCCCCCCAGCAGCAAAAGUCCUCCUCUAGCAAUAUAUACUGUAAGAGACCCCACCAGUCCAGCAAGGGCAGGGUCAGCAUCACUGCCCCUCUGGACCCCUCCUCCCCCCAGACCCCCCUAGUUCAAUCCAAACCCCCCCAGCAGCAGCAUCAACACCCCUUCGCCCCCCCUCCUCCUCCCUCCAUCCCCACUGUCCCCGUGACCUCUCUGGACUCCUCUUUGACCUUUGACCCCCUAGCUCACUUCCUGGCCCCCCAUCAGAGCCAGCAGGUGGGGGAGCCCCCCUGUAAUGAACUGGGGGCCCCUGCCGCCGGACCCCCCCACCUCAACGCUACCAACACACACACACACCCGGCCACACACACCUCUGAGCGCACACAGCCCUUCCUCAGCCACCAAGCCGUCAUGCCCUCCGUCAUGCUCUCCCCAGCACUCCACAACGCUCUCCCCCAGCAGCCGUCCCGCCCCAGCAACCGGGCAGCCCCCAAACCCCCUCAACCUCCCCCCUCCUCCCUCCCCCCCUCCACUUCCUCCGCUCCUCCUCCCCCCCAGCCCUCCCUCCACAUUCCCCAGCCCUCCCUCCCCAUUCCCCAACCCUCCCUCCCUCGCCCUUGUGUCCCCUCUCCCCCCACCCCCCACGGAAUCCUGGGGGUCUCGGCCCAACCCCCUCAAGCCCUAUUUGAGGACGACGAGGAGGCCGUGCCCAGUAACUCUGAAACCCCUCCCCUCCCACUCAGCCAGGUGCACAUGUACCUGCAGUCGUCUCGGCCCCCGGCACACAUACACCCCCACACACAGUCUCCUGUGCGGGUCCAGUCUCAGCUCAUGUCCCGGCCCCCGGCCCACACACAGUCUCCUGGGCGGGUCCAGUCUCAGCUCAUGUCCCGGCCCCCGGCCCAUACACAGUCUCCUGGGCGGGUCCAGUCUCAGCUCAUGUCCCGGCCCCCGGCCCAUACACAGUCUCCUGGGCGGGUCCAGUCUCAGCUCAUGUCCCGGCCCCCGGCCCAUACACAGUCUCCUGGGCGGGUCCAGUCUCAGCUCAUGCAGGCCAUGCAGACUCAGUCACAGGCAGCGGCCGCUCCAACCCAGCAACAGCAGAGGCUCGCAACACAUCCUCACUCACACCCUCACACACACCCUCACUCACAUGCUCACACACACUUGCAGCAGGCGGGACAGGGGAUGUUGUUCCCCCAGCAACAGAGCACCAUCCACCCGGCACAGAAAGGGCUCAAGCAGAUACUACAUCCACAACCAUCACCACGGAUCAAAACUGAGCCUUUCAAUACAGGUCCUCUGAGGGAGAGCCCCUCCCCUCUGAUGAUACAUUCACAGUCCCCUUCCCAGCCCAAGAAACCUAACCAAAGGGUGAAAGAGGAGAAGCCGCUCCCCUCCCCGGUGCUGCCCCCCUCCCCCUUCAGCCCCGCCCAGCGACACCACAAACCACAAGACAACAAACACACACACAGAUCAGAUGUGAAGCUAUUGGACGGUUCUCGUCCUGGGCUCCGCCUCCCGGACUCCCCGGCCCCUCCCCCUUCCCAUCAGGACAGCAAACUGAAGCAGGAGGCUAAAACUCCCAUCACUGCCAAGAAGACACAGGAUGUGAAGUUAAAGAACAUGGGUUCUUGGGCCAGCUUGGCCCAGCGUUCUCAGUCCACCCCCGCCUCCGCUGUCCGCUCGUCUAGCGACAGCUUCGAACAGUUCCGUCGCGCCGCCCGAGAGAAGGAGAGAGAGAAACAGCUAAAAGCACAGGCCGAGCAGGCCAGGAGGGAGCAGGAGAAACUACGUCGUGACGACGAGGACUCUGUGGAGCAGCAGGGGAGGGGGCGUGUCCAGGAGGACUCUCGCCGUCGCCAGGAGCAACUUUCGCCUCAAGCCCCCACGCCCCCCGCCUCAACCCCUCCCGCCGACUCCCCACAGGCCCCUCCCACUCAACAGGCCACACCCCCACCCUCGGCCGCAGCACAGAACGCCAUGGACCAGCAGAGGGAGCUGGCGAGACGCCGUGAGCAGGAAAGGAGGAGGAGAGAGGCGAUGGCGGACACCAUUGACAUUAACUUCCAGAGCGACUUGAUGGCCAUCUUUGAAGAGAACCUUUUCUGAGAGAGAGAGUGAGAAAGGAGGAGAGGGAGAGAAAGAGAUAUGAACUCUACCUUAUCCCACCAUGGCUGGGAUUUCACACACAACACCCCCCCUCCCUCCCUCUCUUUGAUUAGAGACCCCAGACCAGGAUGUGAGCUCCAGAGACUUGAAGGAGACUGAGGUGAGGUACAUUAAUAAGGUGGAGCCCCCCCCCCCCCCAGCGGUGGGGACCGGGAGUACAACUUCCACUUUUUGCAAUUUCAGAUGCGUUUUUUGUGUCUAACUGCCCGUUUAUCGUUGAUGAUUGGUUGUUGCCGUGGGCAAUGGUGAAACCGGAUACCUAUGGAUAAACAGAUACUUGAACUCCUCUUGUAUUCUGAAAUGAAACGGAGGGAGGAGGACUGAGAACUAUUACCUGAACAUAAAGAAGAAGAAUAAAAAAGAGGGUUUAAUGGAGAAAGAAGAAGAUGAACACCUGUUCUUCUGACAUGAGAGAGGGAGAGGGGUGGGCGAGCGAGAGGAUGGACAGACUUCUUUCUCUUUGAUUCAUUUCUCUCUUAAUCUAGUAUUUUUCUCUCCCUGUUUUUUGAUGUUGGGUUUUAAGCGGGGUGGGUGAGGAGAUGGGGAGGGAGAAGUGGGCGGGCUGUGUGUGUUAUCAUGUUUACGUCCCAAAAGGGCACCCUAUUCCCUUCAUAUAGUGCACUACUUGUGUCCAGGGCCAAUGGGGAUCUGAUCAAAAGUGGUGCACUAUAUAGGGAGUAGGGUGCCAUUUGGGACGUAUCCCCUGAGAUGGGUUCAGUUUCUCUCCGGACAGCAAGAUGAACACCGGGGUCACACCCCAGCACUAUAAAGAAGCACCCUUCCUUCCUUCCUUCUCACUCUCCUUGUUCUUUGUGACAUCACUGACUUGUCACAACUUGAAAGUGUAAAAGCUUGAACUCCAUUUUUUCAGUCAUGUCUGAUUCAUUGAUAAUUUCAAGAAAGGAGGCAGAGAGGGAAGAAAGGAGGGAAAGAGGGAAAAAGAGGAAGGAUGAGUGAAGAAAGGAGGGAAAGAGGGAAAAAGAGGAAGGAUGAGUGAAGAAAGGAGGGAAAGAGGGAAAAAGAGGAAGGAUGAGUGAAGAAAGGAGGGAGAGAGGGAAAAAGAGGAAGGAUGAGUGAAGAAAGGAGGGAGAGAGGGAAGAAAGGAGGGAAAGAGGGAAAAAGAGGAAGGAUGAGUGAAGAAAGGAGGGAGAGAGGGAAGGACGAGAGGGAGGGAGGGGUAAAUUUUAAAGGUGUUGGAAUGUGGCUCUUGCCUUACAGCUCUGACCUGUAAAUGAGCCACAGAUUAUACAUAUCUAUAUAUAGAUAUAGAUAUAUAUAGAUGCCUAAAUAUAUAUUAUAUACGAUGAAAAGUCCCUAAAAAUAAUUGGAUUAUGUUGUUGGGAGGGAGAACGGCUAAUCUGCCUUGUGCUCAAUUCCCUUUUGGUUUUUUAGAGAAUUGACUGUAAAAAUUUUUUUUUUAUGAUGCUAUAAAAAAAUUGUUUUGUCUUGAUCAUAACCUCCUUUCUCUCAUCCUGUUUUUCUCUGUAUCAAGUUCAGAUAUUCAAGACUUUAAAGGCCUCUGUUUUUAUUUAAAUACCAAAUAAUUUCUGGGUAACAAUUAGGUAUGUUACUGUGAUUGUUUUCAGUUAAAAUGGCCAAAAAUA